AUGGCAGCCGUGACCCGAAUCCUCUCCUACGCGGUUAACAAACCGUACCGAUCUCAAGAUAUCAUCUACGAGCCUGCACUGCACCUAAACGAAGAUGGCUUCGUGGACUUCAUUCCCAAUGAUAUCGAAAAUCCGCGCAACUGGUCUCUGCCUCGCCGAGUGACGAUCACCAUAACUGCCGUUUUGUUGGUGGUGAAUGCCACUUUCGCUUCAAGCUCCCCCAGUGGCUGUUUCGGCUCAAUCUCGGAGGAGUUUGGCGUAUCGACAGAGGUAGCAGGCCUUACGAUUACACUCUUCCUUCUGGGCUACUGUGCUGGGCCUCUCAUCUUUGCCCCGCUCAGCGAAUUCUAUGGUCGCCGAUGGAUCUUUUACAUCACUUUCGCCCUAUAUCUCAUUUUCAACUUCCUAUGCGCUUUCGCACCGAACCUUGGCGCACUGCUGGUGGGUAGAUUUCUCACGGGGACUUUCGUGUCUGCUCCCCUAAGUAAUGCCCCAGGAGUGCUUGCAGACCUAUGGGAUCCGUUACAGCGCGCUAAUGCCAUGGCUGGCUUUUCGGCAAUGGUGUAUGUCGGCCCAGCACUGGGUCCAGUCAUCGCUGGGUUCCUCGAGCUGAAAGAAGAUUGGCGAUGGAGCUUUUACGUGCUGCUCUGGCUUGGCGGAGUCACAGCCAUACUGAUGUUGACUAUCCCCGAGACAUACGCACCGACAAUCCUGUAUCACAAAGCGAAUCGAAUGCGAAAGGCGAAGAUCCCUGGGUACGAGAACGUCAAAGCCCAAGUUGAGAGUAGUGACCGGACACUCGUCGAUAUCUACAAGGUGGCGAUUACGCGACCCUGGAUCAUUCUAUUCGACCCGAUCUCCCUCCUAUGUGCGAUCUACAUGGCUGUCGUCUACACCUUGCUUUAUAUGCUGUUUAGCAUCUACCCUAUUGUGUUCCAAGAGAAGAGAGGGUGGAAUUCGGGUGUGGGCGAGCUACCACUGGUUGGCACCGUCGUCGGCGCGCUGAUCGGCGGUGCGGUCGUACUGGCUGAUACUCGAAUUCGCCAACGAAAGAUCGAGAGGGGCGAGAAGACAAUGCAAGAUACCAUUCCUGAAGAUCGACUGACCCUGGCAAUGAUCGGAGGUGUCGGGUUUCCCAUAACCAUGUUCUGGUUUGCAUGGUCGGCUCAAUACAAUGAGGUGCACUGGAUAGUUCCAACUCUCGCCGGAUGCUUCCUUUCAAGCUGCCUGCUCCUCAUCUUUGUUGCUUACUUGAACUACCUCGUGGACUGCUACCUGAUGUAUGCCGCCUCUGCCAUCGCCGCAAACACCAUCGCUCGCUCGGCCUGUGGGGCUGCCGCACCGCUUUUUACCAACCAAAUGUUCACUGCACUGGGCGUCGGAGGCGGAGGAAGUCUCAUCGGUGGAGUUGCUGCCGUCCUGACUGUGAUUCCAUUUCUCUUCUACAAAUAUGGAAAGCAGAUCAGAAUCAAAAGUAAGUUUGCACCAGCUUUGGAUGCUCAGAAGGAAGAGAAGACCGAUGAGGAAUCUGGCCCCGGAAAUGGGGUUGUGCAAACUGCUGUUUCGCCUUCAAGCCAAAGCGAAACCUCAACCUCUCCGUCUAUCGAGAGUACCGACAUCCAGAUAGCGGAGAGAACCGAAAAAUGA